AACAAUUAAUUAUUAAUAUAUAAUUUAGAAGAAAUACAUUUUUAGAAAAAAUAUUUAGAAAGAAUGAAUAGAAUUUUAGUAGCGACCACUUUAAUUUUGCUUCUUUCCUGCUCUUUGGUUGUUGAAGCUAAGAAGCUAAGAAGUCACCAGGCUCCUUUAAGAAAUUCAAAGCCUUAUUAAGACAUUUUAGAAAAGGCUAAAAAAUUAAUGGGAGAUUAAAAUGCUCAAAAAGUCAAUGGUAAAUUGAAAGAACUUAAGAAUAUGUCUUAAUAGCAACUUGUUGAUUAUUUUGCUAAUCACAAGUAUAGUGAUGUUUAGGAUUACUGGUUCUAAUAUUAUUUGCUUUCUGAGCUACUUUUGUUUACUGAUUCCAAUACCUGGCUUAGUCCUUCUAAGUCUCAAAUCAAUGAUCCUUUAUAUGAUGAAUUUGUAUAAAAAGAUGCUGAGUACUCUCAAUACUUAUAAAGCUGCAGAGACUAAUCUAAUAAAUUUAUUACUGAAAACUCAAGCGAGAGUUUAGAACUUGGAGAAAACGGAACAUUGUAUGAUUUGGAGUACACUUACGAAACUCUUGAAUUAAUCGAAUAAGACGUUUUUUAUAAUCAUGUCUACUCAAAGUUACCAAAGGGUGUUAUCCAUCAUCUUCAUUGGUCUGCUGGUACUGAUUAUUAAGGAUUUAUCACUAGUAUCAGAGCUGCUAUCAACAGCUAACCUUAUGACAGCGAAAGAAUUGUAGUUGUUUCUGUUUAGGUUUAUCUCGAAGAUGCUACUGUUGGUAAGGUUGCUACUGAGAAGUAUUUCAACAAGUAUUUCUUGACUAAGUAAAAGUAUGUUGACCCCAACAAUCUUCAAUCAGUGAUUGAUGCUAAUUAAGAUGUUUUAAAUCAAUUUGCUUAGAAUGUUAAGGAAAACAAGAAGUGUUUGAAUUACAUUAAGGACAACAAUGGUUUCAAUCCUGGUAACCUUGAUCCCUAUAUCAGAGGUUUCGUCUAUUGGAAGAGCUGCAAUGGUUCUAUUUAUGAUGAUGGCAUGAGCUAAGAAGGACAAGCCAAAUCAUUGGAAGACCUCUCUUUAAUGCUCAAAGAAAGUAUUGCCUGCUUCUAAUCAGAUGAAUAAGCCAUUAAGAGACUUCCUAAGUCAUACUUGAAAGAUAAUGCUUUUGAGACUAAAGAAACAAAGGAAAUUCUUGGUGUCUGGUUCUUCUUCGAAUAGAUCUUCUAGAGUGUUGGUGAAUUAUAAGACAACUAAGACAUUUUCAAGCAACUUACUGUGAAUAUGUUCAUGUCUUUCAAGGACCAAAAUACUUAUGGUGUCGAAUUUAGAAACAAAAAUGAUAAAUUCUAAAUUGGUACCUUCUAAGAAAGCUCCGAUUAAUUUGAAGUUCCUUACAGUUUUAUCACUCCAGGUAGAAAAGUUGCAGGUAAAGGUAGCAAAGGUGGUGCUAUUGUUUAAGCUGCUCCUAAAAUUACUGAUCCUAACUUCGUUGGUAUUGAUUUCUUUGCUUUCGAAGACGAUCCAUACAAUGGUGCUAGAAACUUCUUCCCUGGGGCAUUCACUGAUGUUAUUAAAGGAGAAACCUAAUCUUACUUCGAUUAGAUGUUUAACUACUUGAAUAACUAGAAUGGUAAUAUCUAUUUACACGCAGGAGAAACUCAAUUCUUCCCACAAGGUGGCAUAGAUAAUAAAUACACCAACAAAAACUACAUCAAUGAUAACCUAAUUCAUGCUGCUCUUCUUCCUGGAGUUAAGAGAAUAGGCCAUGGUUUUGAAGCCUACAAGAAUAAUUUGCUUUUGAGCAUCAUCAACCAAAAGAAUAUUUCAUUCGAAUCUUGCCCUAUUUCCAAUUAAGUCUUGAACUUCAACGAAGUCUACACAAACCCAUUCUUAAAUCUCUUAAGAAAUGGCUUGCACAUGGCUAUUUCCCCUGAUGAUCCAGGUCUCUUUGGUUACAUAGGUGUUGCUAUGGAUUGGUUCUACGUUUUGAUGGAGACUGACGUUAAACCUAGUGAAGUUUACUUGCUUUUAAAGAAUUCAAUUGAAUACUCUUCAAUCAAAGAAAUCAGAGACAACUCUUAAUAAUACCUCCAAAGACUCAGAGAUGAUUUGGAUGCUUUCUUCUCUGAUUUACCCGACGUCUGCCCUGCAGAUAAUGAAAAUGAUAAUCAAGAUUAAUGA